AUGGAAAACCAAGAUUCAUACAACUCUAGAAAUGUUUCAGGUCAAGCGCAGAUGAGGAGAGAAUGGAGUGAGAUGCAAACCCCAGCAUCAAGCAUCCACAGCCAAGGCCAGGCAACCAACUUCCUUGAAGAGACUGGGAGUCAGGUGAAGAACAUGGCUUAUGGGGCGGCUGAAGUUGGCAAGGGAGCCGCACAAGGGGCCAUCAACCUCGCCCGGAAGAAGGCAUUCAUCGGCUCCGAGCCGAUACAUAAACUUUCAACCGCUUGGCUCGACAUUGUGUUCUUCAAGGGACCAUCAAGUGAUCAAAAAGCCAUGAAUAUUGUUCUGUUUGAUGAUAUGAUUUGA